GGGUCACCAUGGUCCGGGUCACCGUGGUCCGGGUCGGACGCGGCCGACGUCGGGUCCUCUUGUGGGACUGGUGUGUCAGCGUGUACUUCCCAACAUUUCUGGAGGAUCUCCUCACCAUGACGUGCACCGCAGGGUAGACUGCGUUAGACAAGACAAGGCACGGUGGACUCGGAAGUUAAAAUGAAAAUCUCAAGCUAACCUCGCGUUAGCUAAAAAGACAUCUCAAUGCUAAUGCUAAUUCUGUAUAGCUAGUUAGCACAUGAAUAUAAUAUAGCAGUUCCAUUAACAUUUAAUGUGACGUGGACGUUUAAUAAAAAGGGACUAAAAGUCAAAUUUGAUAUAUCCUUACCAGUACUAUUCCUUCUGUGGACGUCGACAGCAAACGUCACCUGCGAUGGCGAGUCACCUGCGUGCUAGCUAGCUAGCUAGCGCCGCUGAGGAAUGAGGACGUUUCUCCCGCGUUCGGCCUUUAAAUUUAGUCUCCACGAGUAACGUUUACGAAAGAAAGGCCUCGAGCACUGCGUUCACCGAGAAGCUCCUCGCGUGUAAAUUAGUGAUAACGUGGAUCUAGGUGGCACAAAUGUCAACCUCUUAACAUAGAUUAGUAACUUAUCGUUGUGUGCAGUCAUAUUUAAGAAGCUGUGCUUGUUUCCUCAAUACACUGCCUUUUAUUAGCAGAAUUAUUUUGUGCAAGUUAAAUCAAGUUGAUUAAAGUAUAUAUAUUUUUUUUCUUUACUCCAUAGCCAAUUAUCCUACAAGCCUUAUACUGCAUCCAUGCAGGUUUCAUCAAUUGAUGAUAUUUGGGCUGAAUAAUUAUGAAUUUCUCUCACUGGGAUGGGAAAAACUAGUCUGUGGUCAUCUGCUAUAAUGACCAACACCUUUGUGGCAGGGCAUUUAAAGUCAUGCUACCAUCUUUUAAGAAUGUUGGCUACAUCGACCCACGUACAAAAGGUGUGUGCAGUAUGAAAAAUAGUCUGUCUUUUCAGGCUUAUGAAGACGUGAACACACAAAAAAAGACAAAGUCCCGUAUUACACACUGUUAUAGUUGUGUGUUAUACCCUCCAGCGCUGUGCACAACAGACCGGCUAUGCUCAGCUGCUAAUCACGGGAUUAUUCUGCUUAACUAAGACUAUUAAGUGUUCCACAUUCAAAUGGCGUCUCCCACAGGCAGACCUUGGAGAGGAUCAUCCCUUCUCUGCAGAGCUCUCACAGAGAGCUGAAUAGGAGGUGAGGGUACCAGGGGAGGAGCACGGAGUGGGUGGGGGUGUGUGGGGGGGGGAGAGAAGAGCUGCAAAGCAAGAAGAUGGACCUCGGAGGCACCCAGAGAUAACUGUGCUGCUUCGGCUUGCAGAUCACGCUCUGCCCCCCGGGUCCGAGCGUUUAUCUGAGCAACAAGCCAUCGCCGGGACUGUCUCAUGCCAUCUUCUAACGCGAUGCUCCUGAUGCUGACGGCGAUAAAGACGACGAUGAUAUCCAACGCUGACCAGUGACAACCCUGCAGCACAGCCACAAAUAUCCCUUGACUUGUGAGGCAGCAGUGGAGACAGAAAGGAGCUGGUCGGUGUGUAAAUCUGUGCCGAUGGCCUAUUUCUUUGGAGGUGCACCAUCUAGACACCUGUAACCAUGGAGCUGUAGUCCUUUUGGUGACCUUGUUGUUUGAACAUCUGUCCCCGUGAGCCCAUCAUGGCCAGCACGGCGGUUCAACUCCUCGGCUUCUUCUUGGGCCUGUUGGGGUUCAUAGGUACCGUGGUUGCAACCCUGCUCCCCUACUGGCGCAGCACAGCCUACGUGGGCUCCAACAUCAUCACAACCACCGCCUACAUGAAAGGCCUGUGGAUGGAGUGUGUGUGGCACAGCACCGGCAUUUACCAAUGUGAGGUGUACAGAUCUCUACUGGCGCUGCCGCGCGACCUGCAGGCUGCCCGGGCGCUCAUGGUGCUCUCCUGCGUGACCUCGGUCCUGGCGUCGCUGGUGUCUGUGAUGGGGAUGAAGUGUACCCGCUGCGCCCGUGACCCCUUGGUCAAGUCGUCGCUGGUGCUCAGCGGUGGGAUCGGAUUCCUCUGUGCCGGCGUGCUCUGCCUGGUCACCGUGUCCUGGACCACCAACGAUGUCAUCUUGGAUUUCUACGACCCCUUCCUUCCCAGCGGGAUGAAGUACGAGAUCGGCCUGGCCGUGUACCUCGGCUACGCCUCGGCCUGCGUCAGUCUGGGCGGAGGGAUGGCGCUGUGCUGGAGCAGCAGCAGCAGCAGCAGUAGCAGCAGGUCAAGGAGGCGCCGCCACGUGCAGAGGAAUCAACCGCUAUCACCCCCCCCUGCCUUCAGCCACAUAUACCCUCCCGCCCCGCCGUACAAGCCCCCCGAGGCCCUGAAGGACAACCGCGCUCCCUCGCUCUGCUCUCUGUCCAGCAACGGCUACAGGCUCAACAACUACGUCUAAGACCACCAGCCGCAAAACCUCUGGGACUGCAGCGAGUGAGAAAAGACACUAAAGGGACCUUUAACGAGUCUUUCUAGGCUGAGCUUAUGAGCCUAAACUAACUUACCGUGUGUGGAGAAACACAUUUAAGGCUAAGAAGCUAUUGUUCUGUCACUUCCUUUAGUAGCUUCCUUUCCAGUAGCGAUUUACUUUUUCUAAUAUUAAGUUCAAAUAUAAUUGUUCUUUUGAAACUAGACGGAUGAGGUUUUAUGUCAGUAUUCAAUAUUUUCUAGCCUAAAACAAUUGCAAGUUCUGAUCUAACAAUAGAGGAGUACUCAAUAAGAUACUCUUUGUGUUGUUUUCCAUAAGCUGCUACGGUAGAUAUUCUGUCAACUGUAAUGGAUUACCUGAUGGACCUGGGUUAACGGCAUAAGACUCAGGAAACCCUGCUGAGGUUAUGAGCACAACAACAACAACAACUUUUCAGGUCCGGGAACAUUUGGAUUGUAAAGCUGAGGAGAGACACUGGGUGGCGACAAAGGUCUUUUGAGAAGGCAGCCUGAAGCCUUCAGUUAGAACUUCUCUGUUUUCAUUCAGUUCUUUUCAUACAAUGCUGUGCUAAUGUCUAGAUAUCAGCACUUUUUAUGAAUGGAUCUAACUGCGUAAUUAAGUCAAAAAUGGGAAGAAUCAUUUUGUGUCACUCGCGGUGUAUGAAUGUGACUCUGGGGCUUUCUAGGAUGCUCGCUUACCUGUAACACGAUGGACGUGUUUGUUAAGAAAGCCUCCAAUUAGAGCUGCUCUGUGUCAGACAACCACACAGACGCUCAAUUAAAGGACCUGUCACAAUUCCA